GGUCGCAGUCAUAUGGCAUCAAUCUCCAGACCUCCUCCAUCCCAACGACGGUCCACACUCCAACCGCCCACAGAACCUCCUUCAAUUCACAAGGUUAUCAUCUGCUCCAAGCCAUGAGAUUCACCAUCAAUGAAAUCAAUAACUCCAGUCGGCUUCUCCCCAAUGUCACCCUGGGCUACGAGCUUUACGACACCUGUUCAGACUCCGCCAACAUCUAUGGGACCCUCAGGAUCCUCUCCCAGUGCGCGGCCCCCUAUAUAAAGAUAAAAAACAACUUCAGUGACUAUGAAAUGAAAACCAUUGCGUUGGUUGGACCGGCCAGCAGCAGCUUCGCUUUUGUUACUGCGAGUAUAUUAGGGAAAUUCCUCAUGCCGCAGGUAAGAGACUACACAGUGUCCCCACCAGCAGAAUAG